CCAAUUUUUUGCUUUUCCGUGAUACAUACUAUUCUUCUUCUUUGCUUUCCUUUACUUUAAAAUCUGUUUUGACCGUUGCUUUCUCUCUGUCACAACGUCUCUCUCUUUUUUUUUUUUUUCUCUCACACACUUGGCACUGAUCAAACUCCACUUAGGUUAUUGUUUGUUGUUCAUCUUGUUACUUCACAUUAUUCACAUCUUUAUUCUUCCCAGUUUGCUGAUUUCCAUAUGAAUCUGGUGACCGCAUUAAGAGAACUUAAUAUCCUUUCCUCUUUUGAUUCAAGCCUGAAAAAUUCUUAAAAUAGAAGAGAGAAAAAGCUAAUUUGAGAGAAAUGGGAUGUUCUUCAUCCAAGUUGGAUGAUGAAGAAGCUGUUAAACUUUGUAAAGAUCGAAAGAAGUUCAUUAAACAAGCAGUGGAACAACGGAUGCGAUUUGCUUCUGGACACUUGGCUUAUAUCCAUGCUAUGGAAAGAGUUUCUGCUGCCCUUCGAGAUUAUGUUGAAGUCGAUGAGCCUCGCGAGUUUUCGCUGGAUUCUUUUAAAACUCCACCUUUUACUACACCCAUUAAGAAAGUUAGUCCUGGUUUUAUCUCUAUAGAACCAAAUACAUUUUCCAUAACACCCUUAAAGUCUGAACCCAAACCCAAACCCAAACCCAAACACAAACACAAAUCCACUAUACAUGUAAAUUAUCUUAGGUCAGGUGGGAAUCCUGCUGUUUCUGUUGAAGAAAGACCGAGGUCACCUGAAACAGUUAGAAUCCAGGCUUACUCCCCAGUUCAUCAAUAUGGGAUGGAUAGUUUCUUUUCUAUGCAAUCCUCACCGAUGAACUCCUCCUCGUUUUUUCACUAUUCCCCCAACAACAGGCCUAAUUUGCCUCCCCCUUCACCACAAACAUCACAUUGGGAUUUUUUUUGGAAUCCAUUUUCUUCACUAGAUUAUUAUGGUUAUCCUCCUAUGAGGAACAGUAUUGAGCAGACGAUUCUUGACGAUGACAAUGAUGGGCUAAGACAAGUUAGGGAGCAAGAAGGAAUUCCUGAACUAGAAGAGGAGACAGAGGUAGAAGAAACUGAUCAUGGAGAGGAUGUGAAAGAGGAGAGGACCAAAGUAGCUCACAAUUUUUGUGACAAAGAUGAAGUUGUUGUGGAAGAUGUCGACGAUGAUGAUGAUGAUGAGGAUAGCGAUGAGGAUGAAACCGACGAUGAACAUGAAAAUGUUCCCCAUAUUCAUGACUUACUAUCUAAGACUAACAACCAAACCACAACAGUGGCAAAAACACAGAAUGUAGGGCAAGUCAGCAAUAAGGAGACAGCAGUCGCUGAUCCUGAAGCAAAAGAGGAAACACCUGGAUUUACUGUUUAUGUAAAUAGAAGGCCUACGAGCAUGUCAGAAGUUAUUAAGGAUCUUGAAAGUCAGUUUAAGAUUGCUUGUAGUUCCGCUAAAGAAGUGUCAUCUGUGUUAGAGGCUAUAAGGGCUCAGUACUCAUUGCAAUCGACUGAUCAGUCAGCGAUGAAAAUGUUGAAUCCAGUGGCUUUAUUUCGCUCAGGGUCGUCAAGAUCAUCCUCGUCGAGAUAUUUGAUUAAUCCUUCAACUUUAAGAGAUGAGGGUUAUCAGAGCAGUAGUGACUUGUCUGAUGAAUCUAGCACGUUCUCAAGCAGUCAUCAAUCAACCUUGGACAGAUUGUAUGCCUGGGAGAAAAAAUUAUAUGAGGAAGUCAGGGCAGGUGAGAGGAUCCGUCUAGCGUAUGAGAAAAAAUUGACUCAGCUCAGAAAUCUAGAUGUGAGUGGAGCAGAUCCUUCAUCGGUGGAUAAAACAAGGGCAGCUAUUAGGAAUCUGGAUACUCAGAUAAAGGUUUCAAUCCAUUCUGUUGAAUCUAUCUCAAGAAGGAUCGAAACGUUAAGGGAUGAAGAAUUGCAGCCUCAGGUUUUAGAAUUAGUGCAAGGGUUAGGCAAAAUGUGGAAGGUUAUGACAGAGUGCCACCGAAUGCAGAAGCAUACUCUAGAUGAAGCCAAGCUGUUACUAGCUGGCACACCUUCAAAGAAGUCCGGUUUAAGGAAGUACACUGUCAUGUCACCUUCUGAGACCCAUAAUCUAGCCCGUUCUGCUGCUAACCUUGAGAUGGAGCUCAGAAAUUGGAGAGCCUGUUUUGAGUCAUGGAUCGUUUCUCAACGAUCAUACUUGCAUGCUUUAGCAGGCUGGCUUUUACGCUGUGCUUGUUCAGAUUCUGACGCAUCAAAAUCACCCUUAUCUCCUCGUCGUUCCCCGGGAGCUCCACCAAUAUUCAGCAUUUGCAUCCAAUGGUCCAGGUUGUUAGACUCCAUCAGGGAGACAAAAGUGCUUGAAGGACUAGAUUUUUUCGCAGCAGGAGUAGGCUCACUCUAUGCGCAACAACUAAGAGAAGACUCCCGUCGGACUCCUGGUGGGUCAAAGAGGCAUGGGGAGGAAUCAGUUGGGAACAUGGAGGUCGUGGAAGUUGGACAGUUUGACGAGGAAAUAAUGACAGCAGAAAAAAUGGCAGAGGUUGCCAUUAGAGUGUUAUGUGCAGGAAUGUCAGUUGCUCUCAGCUCACUGACAGAGUUUGCCAUAGCUUCAGCUGAUGGGUAUACUGAUUUGCUAAAGAAUUGUGAGAAUACCAAAAAGCCAGAAAAUUUGAAUCAAAAUGCAGUGUAAUUUACGUUAAAAUAUAUUAGGUUAGGUAGGAAGGAAUGCAAUGUAAAUUAAAUGUUGAGUAACUUGAGUCAUAUAGAGGUGCCUUAAUAUAUAUGUUAGUAUUGAAUCUGGGCUUCUGAUUAUGCAGAACACAGAAGGAAUAGAAAGUGUAAGUGGCUUUCUUUUAUCUAAAUAGUUUGUAGAUUUAAGUCUACACCAA